GUGAUAACACUACUGACGAAAUCUUCUUUGUGAACAAACAACCCAUCAAAAAACAGUUUCCAAAAUGAGCAAACAAGAAGUAGAAAAUUUGAAGUUAUUAUUCGAACGACCAACUGAACCAAUGUUUAUGCCAAAAGGUGAUACAAAGACAACCUUUAAAGUACCCAAAAACUAUUUAGCUAGUCGUUACCAACCAAUUGGACAAUCUUUACAAAGUCGUUUUGGCGAGGAGGCUGACAACCAAAUUACUGUGAAAAAAAUAAGUUUACCUAAUACUCGUCAAAUUGAACAACUUGGACGACGUGAACCUUUCUCAUUAUUCAUACCAUUCCAUCAGGAGCUAGCUGCUCACUUAAUUAAGAUUAUGAUGGGCAUGCAAAACGUUGCAGAUUUGAUGUCAUUAUGUUGUUAUGUUCGCGAUCGAAUUAAUCCUUUUUUGUUUAAUUAUGCUUUGAGUGUUGCCAUGUUACAUCGCCCGGAUACCCGAGGAACUGAUAUUCCAAAUUUUGCAGAAACAUUUCCAGAAAAAUUUGUUGAUAGUGCUAUAUUUGGUAAAGCACGUGCUGAAGCUGCCAUAAUUCCAGAAGGAUCACGCGAGCCAAUUGUUCUUCCUCGUGAUUAUACAGCAAGUAAUUUGGAACCCGAGAAUCGAAUAGCUUAUUUUCGAGAAGAUUUGGGUAUUUAUUUACACCACUGGCAUUGGCAUUUGGUUUACCCAUUUGAAGGACCACGUGAUAUUGUAGCAAAAGACAGACGUGGUGAACUUUUCUAUUACAUGCAUCAACAAAUCAUUGCUAGAUAUAACUUUGAACGAUUUUGCAACAAAUUACCGCGUGUUAAACGUUUGGUAGAUUAUAAACAACCAAUGAAGGAAGCAUAUUAUUCGAAAUUGGACAGUUUAGUAUCAAGUCGAGCAUGGCCUUCACGAAGUGCUAAUAUGGUGUGUAAAGAUUUAAACCGUCCCGUCAAUCGAUUGAAACAAGAUUUGGAUGAAAUGGCUCGUUGGACUGAUCGAAUUCAUGAAGCUAUUAAUUCUGGUUUUGUUCGGCUGCCUGAUGGUAGUCAAGUAGAACUUAGUGUUCAAAACGGAUUAGAUGAAGGCAUUGAUAUGCUUGGUAAUAUGAUCGAAGCGAGCAUUUUGGCACCGAAUAUGGCAUAUUAUGGGAAUCUACACAAUAUGGGCCAUAUAUUUAUUGCUUAUUGUCAUGAUCCAGAUCAUAGAUAUUUGGAAAAUUUUGCUCCUAUGGGUGACACUGCAAUUAAUAUGCGCGAUCCAAUUUUUUACCGUUUGCAUGCGUUUAUUGACGACAUUUUCCAUAAAUAUAAGUCCACAAUUCCAAGAUACACAGUUCAACAAUUGGAGUAUCCACCAGUUAGACUUACUGGUGUUAAUAUUGAAGUACCUGGUGGACCAAGCAACACCUUACAAACAUUUUGGCAACAAAGUGAUCUUGAUAUGUCACGUGGUCUGGAUUUUAGUCCACGUGGACCUAUUCGAGUUAGAUUUACUCAUCUUCAACAUACUGGUUUCAGUUAUCGCAUUCAGGCAAAUAACUCUUCUGCAAAUCAAAUUCGUGGUACUUGUCGUAUAUUUUUGGCACCCAACAAUGAUGAGCGUGGAAUUCCUAUUCCAUUCACAGACCAUCGCAAAUUCUUCAUCGAACUCGAUAGAUUCAUUGUCACAUUGGAUCCAGGAAAUAAUGAAAUUGUCCGAAAAUCCACUGAAUCGUCAGUAACAAUUCCAUUUGAACGUACAUUCCGUAACUUGGACUUAAACCGCCCAGUAGGUGGCGAUGAAUUGGAACAAUUCAACUAUUGUGGUUGUGGAUGGCCACAACAUAUGUUGAUUCCAAAGGGUACACCAGAAGGUUACCCAUGCACAUUAUUCGUAAUGAUUUCAAAUAUUGCUGACGAUUUGGUUGAUCAAGAUUUAUCUGGAGCAUGUUCAGAUUCGUCAAGUUUUUGUGGAAUUAAGGAUCGACUAUAUCCAGAUCGUCGUUCUAUGGGUUAUCCAUUUGAUAGAGAGCCUCGAACUGGUGUGAAUACAAUUCGAGAAUUUCUAACACCAAACAUGGCAAUACAAAAAGUGAGUAUUCGAUUUACUGAUCGUUCAGAGGCUUGAUGACAUCGCAUCGUUAUGUAUGUGGAUAUCGCAAUUGCGAGACU